CGGGGCUCCACUCACUUACGCUCAACUUUUGUUCGCUCUUUGCAUUUCCCUUAUCCCUUUGUGAGCAAGUGCUGCCGAUUUUUGUACAAAGAAGAGCCAUGCCAGGCACGAGUCUAUCUAUUCUUCUUCUGGGAUCUGGCUUUGGAGGUUGAUAGAAGACGCCCCUUUAAAGCAGCGCUUUAAUCGUAUUUUUCACCGCCAGUGUCCAGCCAGGGCUGCAUGGGUUCAGGAAGAUGCCGGUAAUGAAAGGGCUGCUGGCCCCACAAAAUACUUUCUUGGAUACCAUCGCUACAAGAUUCGACGGUACCCACAGCAACUUUGUUCUGGGGAACGCACAAGUGCUUAAUUUAUUUCCUAUUGUGUACUGUUCGGAUGGGUUCUGUGACCUGACUGGCUUCGCUCGGGCAGAGGUGAUGCAGAAAAGCUGCGCCUGCAAGUUCCUGUAUGGCCCAGACACCAGUGAGCUGCUUAAGGUCCAAAUCCAGAAAGCCUUAGAUGAGAAGAGAGAAUUUAAAACUGAAAUGAUUCUCUAUAGGAAGAGUGGUGGUUCUUUCUGGUGCCUUCUUGACAUUGUCCCUAUAAAGAAUGAAAAGGGUGAAGUUGUUCUAUUUCUGGCUUCUCACAAAGACAUCUCAGACACCAAGAAUGACUACUCUCCAGGGGAGGACAAUCACACAGAAGAAGACGAUCUUGAAAUCUACACAGACACCAGACCACCUGGAUUUAAUGCCAAUCGAAGAAGGAGCAGAGCGGUUCUAUACCAUCUGUCCGGGCACCUGCAAAAACAAGACAAGAGCAAGCUAAAGUUAAAUAAUAAUGUGUUUGGGGAGAAACCCAACAUUCCGGAAUACAAGGUAGCUGCUAUUCAGAAAUCCCGCUUCAUCCUCCUGCACUACGGCACAUUUAAGGCUGGCUGGGACUGGCUCAUACUCUUGGCUACUUUCUACGUUGCAGUUACUGUCCCUUACAAUGUUUGUUUCACCAUCCUUCGUGAUGACACCUCCUCAACUCGUAGCCCUCCAAGUGUCAGUGACAUCUUUGUUGAGAUCCUGUUCAUGCUUGAUAUCCUGCUGAAUUUCCGAACCACUUAUGUUAGCAAAUCUGGACAAGUGGUAUAUGACCCCCGAUCAAUUUGUGUGCACUAUGCAACCACUUGGUUCUUUGUGGACCUUAUUGCUGCCCUUCCUUUUGACCUCCUCUAUGCAUUCAGUGUCAACGUGUAUUUUGGAGUUCACUUGUUGAAAACAGUCCGUCUCUUGCGCCUACUCCGCCUGAUGCAGAAGCUGGACCGUUAUUCUCAGUACAGUGCGGUGGUGCUUACACUGCUUAUGUCUAUGUUCGGACUGCUGGCUCACUGGAUGGCAUGUAUCUGGUACUUCAUAGGACAGAAGGAAAUUGAGGUCAACGAGAUAGGGUGGCUGCAUGAGUUUUCCAAACGAUUGGGAUUACCAUUCACUCCAGUAGAGAAAAUUCUCUCAACCAAUAGCAACAUCCACUCCAAUGGCAGCCAUGUUGGGAACCAGUCAGUGUUUGAAUUAAUUGGUGGACCAUCCCUUCGGAGUUCUUACAUCACCUCACUGUAUUUUGCAGUUAGCAGUCUGACUAGUGUGGGCUUUGGGAACGUAUCUGCCAAUACUGAUGCAGAAAAGAUAUUCUCUAUUUGCACUAUGAUGAUUGGAGCACUCAUGCAUGCGGUGGUGUUUGGUAAUGUCACUGCCAUCAUUCAGAGGAUGUACUCCCGAAGAUCUCUGUACCAUACUCGUACCAAAGACCUCAAGGAUUUUAUCCGUGUACACCGAAUGCCCAAGCAACUUAAGCAAAGGAUGCUAGAAUGUUUCCAGACCACAUGGUCAGUCAACAAUGGCAUUGAUGCUAAUGAGCUUCUCAGAGACUUUCCAGAUGAGCUGAGAGCUGAUGUCGCCAUGCAUCUGAACAAGGAGAUCUUACAGCUGCCACUUUUUGAGUCUGCUAGUCGUGGCUGCUUGCGCUCCCUAUCUCUAAGCAUCAAAACCUCAUUUUGUGCCCCCGGGGAGUAUUUAAUCCGACAUGGCGAUGCCCUACAAGCCAUAUAUUUUGUAUGCUCAGGCUCCAUGGAGGUACUGAGAGACAACACAGUGCUGGCCAUCCUGGGGAAGGGAGAUCUGAUUGGCUCAGACAAUCUAAACAAAUAUCAAGUGAUUAAAACCAAUGCCAAUGUAAAAGCUUUAACCUACUGUGAUCUUCAGUACAUCAGCUUGAAAGGCCUGCGGGAAGUUCUAGAGCUAUAUCCAGAAUAUUCACAGAAAUUUAUUUCUGAGAUCCAACAUGAUUUGACCUACAAUCUUCGUGAGGGCAGCGAAGCAGAUCUUGACCAUGAGAGUAAUGGAGGGGUGAUCCAGAAGCUACCAUCCAUUUUGGAAGAUGAUGAGUUUGAAGAAGAUGAAAGAAGCCCCUUGCCAGUCAGCUCAAGAGGUGUUAGUCCUGUUGAAUCCUCCUUAAAGUUGCCCAAGGCCUUUAAUUCACCAAUGCUUUCUCCACUUACCCCAAGAGCCUUUAAGACACCCACUAAGAGAGCAGAUAAGAGUUUUGGGGAACUACUUGGUGGAAGUGAAAAAUCAAAGUUCUCAUAUGCAGAUGAAAGCAGACCUUGUAAGCUUCAGCUUCCUGCACUGAGUAUCAGUGCUCCUCCCAUGCUCAGUCCCAGGUUCGUAGAUGGCAUUGAAACAGACUGCAACUCUCCUACCACUCAAACAUUUGACUUCAAAUUAAACCAAGAAUAUUCACCCCGGCACUGUAACUCUGGAGAAAAUCCAGAGACACAGAAGAGCAUAGUAAAACUCAAUCAAGAGAUGAGCAUCCUCACUCAGCAAGUUACACAACUGAGCAAAGAUCUGAAUGAGAUGAUGCAACUCCUAAGGCCUGUACUGUUAAAUCAAGCCUAUGCACCAUCUCCUUCCACUGGUGUCCUUACACCUGGCCUCAAUAAUACCUACAGCAACAGCAGUGGAUAUUGCAGUGGCCAUCAGUCCCAAGGAACUAUUCCCAGCCUAGCUGGAUCUGCCUGCCCUGGACAGACAAAAGCAGAUAUUGUACCAUCUGAUAUAAUAUGGAUGGACACAUUUCCUCAGACUUCUCAGACUGUUCAACCAGAGAAUUCUGACAGUCAGAAUGUUCAAUCCACUCUUUCAUUAGACUCAUUCCUUAGACAUUCAUGCCACCACCCUAGGCAGCACAGAAGUUGUGGGUAUCAGUCCAUAAACCAAACCCUAUCCCCUUGUAUUAGCCAUUGUACCCAAACACAGAUUAAUCAUGUAAGCCAGGUAGUCCAUAGUAACUCCUCACCAGUAAUGGCUCCUCAUUCACCACCAAGUAAGCAGUAUGAUGCACGAAAGACCAGCCCUGGAUUCACAUCUACAAAACCAUACUGUGAUCCCCAAGAUUCUGAUCCUAUACGAGACAAAGUGGCAGACCUCCUAGGAUUGAUGUCAAGAGACUACAUAGAGACAUCCACUCCUGCUGCUCUGGAACUAGUAUGUGGCUCGUCUGGGAGCUCACAAGGUGAUAUUAUCAGGUUUAUUGAUGAUGAGGGUACUAAUGUCUAAUUGGAGGUAUAGUGAAGCCAAAGCACAGACUGUUGGAAUGUUUACCAAAAUGGAGGCCUCCAAUGCUGGACAAAGCUAUGAUAAAAAUGUAGCCCUAUGACAGCGGAAUGUCUUUUUAUUGCUGGAUGUUUUCUCACUUUGUUAUAGCACUGCUGAAGAGGCAGCAGGAGGCUAAUGGAAAAUGUAAAUCUCCAAGGAAAAAGAACUUGUUGAAAAUACUGCUUAUUUUAGAAAAUAUUUUGUGGAGGAUUUGGGCUAACGUAAGUUCAGUACUCAUACACUUGUGAACUUAUAAAGCUAAACGUAUUCCAGCUGCUUAAAGCAAAGGGAAGCAGAUAAUACUACAGUUCACAAUUUUAAUUGUAUAAAUAUUAGGAAAAAACAACGCACAUUACUUCACUGGCAUGGAAAUUAAAACAUUUUUAUUUAGCAUGAUCUUUCUAUCAAGAUACAUUAGAAAACAAAGUUUAGCCAAAACGAUAAAAAGGAAAAUGACUGGGUGAUUUCAAUAUUUGUUUUACAUUUUUAUUAAGUAAAAAAAGGACCUUAUUUUUCUAUAUUUGCUACUUAAGGUUUGUACUUAACUUUCUUUUUCAUUCCCAGAGAAAAAAUGUUGCUGUAAAACCCUGCAGCACAUUAUAUCUGCAACAUAUUGAUCUAAAAAAAAGGGCCGCAGGUCUUCUAAAGGAGUAAGACAAGUGAAAAGUGCAUGUUGUGCUAUGCAUGGGGCAUAAAGAGAAUUCUACAUGAGGGACCAAGGAGAAAACACAAACAUUUACUUUUACUUUAAUAAAGAUUAUGUAUUUGGAAAGAAAAAAUAUAUUUGUUAGAUUCAACAAAAAUGUUAAAGCUUAAUUUUAAAUCCCAUUUUGUCAACAAGCAUUUGUUUUCUGCCUAAGAAUUGAUUGUUGUUAAAAGCCAUAAAAAAAUACAAAGGGGAGUAAGUAAUCUCUCAAAUGAAA